AUGGAUGCACCUUUUCCUACCGACGUGCAGGAAUUCGACAGCGAUGACCGCAUCUCUUUCUCGAAGCUCGACAGCAAAUUCAUAGCUGUCCGAGACGAUGGCGCCGAAUUCGAAUUUGACGCCGAGCGCCGUGCAUGGCAGCCAUUAGAUGAGCAAACACUAGACGAAACCGAUAUAAAUCAAGAUACACCGCAAAAGCGCGAAGGAGCUGGAGCUAGAAAGCGAGGGCAUGAUGACGAAGACAAUGGAUCCGAGGACUCGAAAAAGCUGAAGCGCCCGCCCAAGAAGCCCAAGGCGGCGCCGCAGCCGAAACAAAACACGGCCGUUUACGUCACCGGCUUGCCCCCCGACGCGACAGUUGAUGAAGUCCACGAGCUCUUCUCGCGCAAGGGCGGCGUCAUUGCCGAGGAAAUAGACAGCGGCGCCCCGAGAAUCAAAAUGUACAACGACGCAGACGGCACCUUCAAGGGCGAUGCGCUCAUUGUGUUUUUCAAGCCUCAAAGCGUGGAGAUGGCUAUUAUGCUACUCGACGAUACCGACUUUAGAAUAACAGCCAACGGCACACGCCAAGGGCGAAUCCGGGUCCAAGAAGCAGACUCGAGCUACAAAAAAGUGCAGUACGACCAAGAUGGCCAGAACAAAGGCAAGAGUGCCAACCACUCUGCGAAGAGCGACAACGGCAAUGGCGAGCGCCGUCCGCCGACCAAGGACCGGCAAAAAAUUAUCAAAAAGACGCAAAAGAUGGACGCUAAGCUGGCGGAUUGGAGCGACGACGACGGGCCCGCGAUUGCGCUUGCCAACUCGAAAAAGGACAAGACGGUGGUGCUGCAGCACAUGUUUACGCUGCAGGAGCUCGUCGACGAUCCGGCGGCGCUGCUUGAGAUUAAAGAGGAUAUACGAGAGGAGUGCUCGAAGCUUGGGACGGUGACGAGCGUUGUUCUGUACGACGAGGAGGAAGACGGCAUUGUGACGGUCAGGUUCAAGGAGGCAGAGUCGGCUCUGGCAUGCAUCAAACUCAUGCACGGGAGGAGUUUUGGCGGGAUGAGGGUGGAGGCUGCGCUGGCAACGGGGAAAGAGGGCUUUAAAAAGUCCAAGGCGAAUAACGAUGAUUUCUCUGAUUAG